ACCAACAGUUGAACUAACAAACUCGAACCAGUCUAGGCCAGAUGCAAUCACAAGUUAGUCGUUACAAAUAAAAAUCGGCGGUUUUUGCAAAAAAAGAAACAUAUUGUGAAGUCAUUAUUGCCAUAGAUUUUAUUACGUUCUAAACAGUAUGAGCAUUUUUGGUGGAAGUACUUCAUUUGGACAGCCAAGUUCGACAAUGUUUGGUAGCACCACAGUUAGCAGCAACUAUAACCCAAUGAAAGAUAUAGAGGUUGCUUCACCACCAGACGACAGUGUGAGCUGUCUCAAAUUCAGUCCAGGCACCUUACCGUCUACAUUUCUGGUGGCAGGUAGCUGGGACAAUAAUGUUCGGUGUUGGGAAGUUCAACAGAAUGGUCAGACAAUUCCUAAAGCCCAGCAGACACACACAGGACCUGUCCUGGACGUUGAAUGGAGUGAUGAUGGGACCAAAAUUUUUACAGCAUCAUGUGACAAGACAGCUAAAAUGUGGGACUUAAACAGUAAUCAGUUUUUGCAGGUUGCUCAGCAUGAUGCUCCCAUCCGCACUGUGCACUGGAUAAAGGCUCCCAACUACAGCUGUCUCAUGACUGGAAGCUGGGACAAGACACUCAAGUUCUGGGAUACCCGGUCAUCUGCACCGAUCAUGAGCAUUCAACUACCAGAGAGGUGUUACUGUGCUGAUGUUAAAUACCCAAUGGCUGUUGUGGGCACGGCUGGCCGAGGUUUGAUUAUCUAUCAGUUGGAGAAUCAGCCACAAGAGUUCAAGAGAACAGAGUCACCACUCAAGUACCAGCAUCGUUGUGUUAGCAUUUUCUUGGAUAAGAAGACAAAUUUGCCAACAGGAUUUGCUCUAGGAAGCAUUGAAGGUCGUGUUGCAAUUCAUUAUGUAAAUCCAGCGAAUCCAAAAGACAACUUCACAUUUAAAUGUCACAGAUCCAAUGGAACUCCCAGUGCAAUGCAGGAUAUUUAUGCUGUGAAUGACAUAUCGUUUCACCCUGUUCACGGAACCUUAUCCACAGUUGGUUCUGAUGGUAGGUUCAGCUUCUGGGAUAAAGAUGCUCGCACAAAAUUGAAGACCUCUGAACCAUGUGAUCAACCAAUAACCACAUGCAACUUCAAUGCACAGGGAAACAUCUUUGCAUACGCUUCAAGUUAUGACUGGUCUAAGGGCCAUGAAGGAUACGACCCACAGAAGAUGAAACCUCACAUCUUCCUCCGAUCCUGUUUUGAUGAACUCAAACCAAGCACAAAGAGAAGUUAACGCUAUGUUGCAAGUAUUCACUGAUGUUAUGCCAGGCAGAGCCGAUUCAUGAACUAACAGGACUGUUAGAUCGAGUCGAUGUUGAUGACCAGUCUGUCUUGGUGUUUAACACCAUUAUCCUUCCUUUUCGCAACCUGUCAAUAUAUCUUUAUUGUUGUAAAUGAAAACAACCUUAUUAAUAGAGAAACAGAUAUUAAAAUUUUGCGAAUUUAAUCAUCUGUAUAGUGUUUCCUGAUUUUUGGCUGUUUGUCCAAACGUUUGCCUUAUUCUUGGUCCAGAAAUUAAGGUAUGGUUUGAGCCGAUACUUUGCAUACCUUCUGAUAAGAGAUUGCCAAUUUAUAGGACGAAUAUCAGUACCGGACCACCAAUAUUCAAUAGUGUGAAAUGUUAAAAACCAUCUGAACUGUGAAAAUGAUUUAUUUGUUGUGGAUAUUCUUUACUGUGAAGAUUUAUUGGAACCAUGACUGAAGACUUGGGUGGAUGUUAUUGUUUGUCAUAAUGACAAGUUGGAUUGACAGUACAAUGUGCUGAGAUAUGUUGAUGAAUUUUUUAUGUCAACAAACUUUUUCCGUAGCACAAAUGAUUUGUAAUAUUAUGAACAAGCUUGUUCCUAGGGAAGGAAUAAAGUAGUGUACAUGUUUGAAGAGGUUAUAAUACAGAAACUGGUGUGUAUGUGGUAUUUGCUAAUGUUUUCCACACACACAUCCAUAUUGUGUAUUGUCAUGAUCCACAACAUGUAAAAAUAUGAUAUUGCUUUUCUUUUCUUUUUUCUUUCUUUUUUACAUGACUACCUAUAUACUUGGACAACAGAUGUUUUGGUGACAUUUGGUUUGUUGGGUGUUUUAAUAAUUAGUCAUUUAUUUGACACUUGAGUAAAAAGAAGACUGAUUAUUAAAUUAUAAAUGUAUAUGAUAUAUUCAAAACUCCACAAGGAAUUGUAAAGAUUACAUUUUGUUGUAUACUUUAAGAUACCAGAGAUAAAAGUUUUUCAUAUUUAUCCAGAAUUUUGGAUUUUUAAUCAGCUGUACGGUGUUUCUGGAUUUUCUGCUAUUUGUCAAAAAAAUCCAUAUUCUCAAUCCAAGACUUAAGCUAUUAUUUUGGCUGAUGCAUUGCAUACAUUCUGAAGAGGGGGCUGCCAUUUUAAACCAUCGUGCAAUGCUAACUUGGGGCUAAUCUUGGUACCCAAGCAGUGUUAAAAUGUCCAGAUUUUAAAAUAUAUUUGUAACCCACUUUCAUCUCUAGAUGAAAACUAGCAACAGUUUAGUAAAAUUGGAGACCCUACGACCUCAUUGACCUAGAUCCCCAAGUUAUAAAGGACUUAAAAGCUGCUGAUCCUACUUUUUGACAGUGUCGAAUAUUUUGACCUAUUACAGGGUUUUUCACCAUCAACUUACACAUUACCUACAAAUUUUUUUCUGGUCAUCCUGGUUCAUUUUCAAAAUUAAUUUUAUGUAAAAUAGAAAACUAUUGUCGGGUCCAUGGCUUCAAGAUAUUUAAUAUAAAAUGCGUUUUGUUUCGGGAGUUCUUUGCAGCUCUCAGCAGGUUUAUUUUGGAAUGGCUGUUCAUUGUUGCAGGGAUAAUAUAAACAAAUGUGUUAUUUGGGAUUACCCUCAUUCAAAAUUUUAUGUCGAAAUUACUUCUUUUUUUAAAAAAUAUUAUUAAAUAGUCCAAUCCUCUCUUCUUUCUUUUCUUUAUUUUUGGACUGUACUUCUAAAAUGCUCCAAAUUAUAUAAAUAU